UUCUUUAUGUUGUAUAGCAUGUUUGUAGUGGUCGCGCAGUGUUGGUAGAAACCACUAUAUGCAUGCAUGUGUGUGUGUAUACAAUACCAUUUUUAAGAGAGAUAGAGAGAGAGAUCGACUAUUAGAUACAUACACUACCAAAGCUGAGCUCACACGCAUUAUUUCAAUUACGCACAGCAGACGGCCAUUUUUUGAAUUGUUGAAUUUUUCUUCCUCUGUCCAUCAAUAUGAAUUUAUGAAAAAUAAGCUUUAAACUGGUACAUAAAAUUGUGAGAGUUGCAAAGAAAUAACCAUAAGUUAUGCGAAAAUCUCAAGCGAAUAAGAAAUUUGUACAAUUUUCAAAAUCGUCUUGAUUUCAAUUCGAUUGAAAUUUUUUCUUUUCUUGGAACCGCAAUUGUUAAUACAUCGGAAUGACAGAUUCAUCGAAACUUAACGAAACGGCCGAAGAUUUAGAUCUUGAAGACGGUGAAAUUGAGUCCGACAAUGAUGAGGCAGACAUCAUUAUCACAGAAGAAAAAAACUUGCCGCCACAAAAUAAUGCGGCUCUUACGGCCAAAAAUCCAUUCGCACAAAAUCCCAAAACCGAUGCUACGUCGUCACCGGUACAUAGGGCCAGAGAUGGUGUAAAAGGAGAUAAAGCAGCUGAUGAUGAUUGGAUGGGUGAUGUGGAAAAUGCUAUAGCCAUGGCACUAAAAAAAGAUGGCAUUGAACCUCCUGCACCGAAGUUACAAAUUCGGUCCAACGACAAUGGGAAGAAAACUGUGGAACCGGAGCAUCAAAGCAGUAAAGGGAAAAAACGAAAACGUCGUCGACUCGAGAAAGAUAUAGCAAAGAAAGAGGAAUUAAAAAAGAAACUCAAAAUGGUUGAAGAACAAAUUGAUGGUAAACCGGACAUUGAUCAAUCUGAGGAAAUGGAUGAAUACGAAAUGAUGUGCAUACGAGGUGCAAGUCCACCACCUGCUUCGCAUCCGUUAAUGCCUUCGAAAAAUUCUGGUCCCCGGAUGGACGAUGAACCGUUUUAUUCGGAUGAAAGUUAUUCUUCAUAUGACAGUUACGAGGAUCGAAUUCAGAAGCGAAGAGUAAAAGACAGACGAGUCAACCGUAACAAACGGGACAUUAAAAGGCGACGUGAUGAUUCAGAAGAUGAUCGGCACGAAAAACGGGGUCCUCGCAAAUUGGAACUCUGCAAGUUCUAUCUGAUGGAAUGCUGUGCCAAACGAGACAAAUGUCUGUAUCUGCACGGUGAUUUCCCGUGCAAAUUCUACUACUUGGGCAUGAAAAACCACGACCAAGACAAUUGUAAAUUUUCACAUGGAAAACCGUUGACGGAUCAGAUGAGAAACAUUUUACUGAAACAUUUAGAAACGGCGCCCAAGGAGAUAUUGGGCGACUUUCCGAGAUUAAAGACGGAGACUGCAAUGAAUAUGUUGAGCGUGCAACAUCAAAAAUUGUUGAAAGAAUUCGGAAUGGAGGCACCAAUUAUAAAUCCCAAUGCUCAAGUCACUCCACGAAUACCGUCUCUUAUGGAGGUGGCUACCAAGCAACCAAAACUUAACGCUGAUUCGAUCAAUCAAAUGCAACGACAUAUCGAGAAAAAUCCUCAAAAUCCGUUCAGUGACCAGUUCAACCGGAAAGACAUAAACGAAGCGAAUGCUUUGAGUUCAAAUCCAGCCAUUAAAUCGAAAUCUGGCAAGGCACGAAAGACUCGUUGGUGUGAUACUGGUCCGGUCAUUUCUCCGCAGCAUCAACCACAAGUCAUUCAGAAGAAACUACUUCCACUUCAGCCAAACAAUCCCAUUGUACCGAAAACUAACUCCAAUGCAACCGGUGCCGAAAGCUAUCUCAGCUUAAAGCAUUUGGACGGAGUCAUAACAACGGAACAAAUUGAGAAAUUAACGUCGAUCGGUAUUGAAAACAUCGAUCAAAUGAAUCAGUUGACCGUUGCCCAAUUAAAUGAAUUGGGACUGAGUGUUGCCCAAAUAAGUGAAAUUCAAUUGAAUGCAUUGAACAUGCAGAAGUUAGGCCUGACGAAAAAGCCAUCAUCUACGACUACCACAUUUACACCAUCAAGUCAAGCAUCAGCCAUCGUUGCUCCUAAUGACGAAUCCGAAAGUGCUGGCGGUUCGGGUAGUGGUGACUUGUUUUACAGCGAUUUCGGAGUGGGUGGCAAAGAUCUGGACAUGCGAAUACCACAAGUUGCUUCGGCUACAGUUCCAACAGUGACCAGUUCAAUACCAUCAAAUUGUAGCCAGGACAUCGAUAUGAGAAUUUUAUCCUCUCCACAUUCAUCGACAAAGUUAUCGACCGGAGUGUCAGUUGACGAAGAACUACGGGCUAAGUCUCCAACUUUAACCAUAUCAACGAUUGCUUCUCCUGACCAUCAACCAUCUCAGGCCAAUGUUGUUACGGCACUGUUACCACCCGUUCCGCCACUAACAUCAUCGCCUGUCAUGUCAAUGCUGAGUAAAGCGCAGAACAGUAAGAUUUCAUCGACACAAUCCAUGUUUAGUGAUUUGGGCUCCAGUGACACGUCGUCCAGAUCCGGAUUGUUCGGUGACAGUAAACCGCCAGCCGUUAUGGAUUAUCAUAUGCUGGACUAUUCGCAGUAUUUAAAAGAUUCGAAUAUCGAUUUGGAAAAGACAGAUUUGGAAGACUUGAAUGUUGAUGAUGAAGCAGCAGACGAUGAGACUAAUAAUUUAGUUGUCGAAGAUGAACCGGCUUUACAAAUUGAUGAAUCAUGGUGCUCAGAAGAUGAUGGCGAUGGCGAGAAAAAUCAUGAGGCUCCGAAUGUAUACGAUAAUCCAACGAAUGAUGCUUGUGACGACAAAACAAACGUCAAUUCCAAAUCAACCGUGGUUAAGGACAUUGAGGACAGUCGAACGGAUUCGGAUACUGUAUCGUCCAGAAACGAACCUCCUUUUUCAAUCAAUGUCGACUUCAGUAUGAUGAAUGAUCCGGCACGUUUCGAGAAUCGUCCAACCACCGACAUUCUCGAUACACAAUCACUUCUUCCCGCUGUUUUCGAUAAAUUCACAUUGCCAUCGAGUAAAAUCGAAAAGAUUGAUGUGGCGAAGUACCUAUCGCAGCGGGAGCAAGAUAAUCAAAAGACUGACGACGACGACGAUGAUGAUGAUGACUACGAAACGAUGUCCAGUGGCAUUGACGAUGCAUUGACGGAUUAUAUCGUUGGCAAGGAUCGUACUCGUGAUCCGCGUAGCAGUCUAUCGUCGAUGGUGGAAAAGGUUACUAGAGAACUGCAGAAUAAGCAGAAGCCGUUCGAGUUCUUCAGCCGGCAUAUACCGGAAACAAGUCAUCCGACACCUGAAUCCUUGGAUGUUAAGUCUGAAUCAUCAAGUACAUCAAAGCAGCGUAGUAGUAUUUAUGAGUCUUCACGAUCACCUUUACAUGACGAUCAUACGGGUAUGACAACAACAAAAGAUAAGGACAUGCGACUGUCGUCAUUGUUUAUGGAUGAUACGUCAAAUGGGGACGUUGAUUUCCGAUUGCCAUUCAAACCAGCCAACUUCUUACCAGCUACCGAAAUUGAUGCAUCUGAAGCAUCGCACGCUCAUAUCGAGUACAAGGUGCACGAAGUCGAUAUACCCAAGCCGGACUUCACGGAAAUUCGUCGCAGCAUCAACCAAACAUUUGAUGACAUCCUCGAUCCACGACUGCGGAAAAUAUUUAGCCAACGACCGGCCGAAUCAACUAAAUUUUCAUCACAAGAAUCUUCACCGAAUGCUAACAAAGCCGAACCAUCGCCUGAUUCAUCAUCAAAACAACGCGUCGAUCCACGGCGUCGUAAUGCACCGAAUGACGCGGCUGUUGAAACACCAGACGCGUUAGCGACAUUACCGACUAAUCCUGCAUCGACCAACCUCGAUAUACAAACUAUCUUACAGACAUCCGAAUGGUACAAAAAUCUUAGCUCAAAACAGAAAAUUAUGGCCAAUCAGCAAUUGGCUCAUUUGUCCGGCGUACUAAAGAAAUUCCACGUGGAUUGGACGCCGAACAAAGUAUUCGAUUUGAGUAUCGUUAUGCAAAAUCCAUUACUCGGACAAGUGCUUACUAAUUUAGGUAUUUAUGUUGACGAAAACGGCCAAUUCGUUAAAUUUACACAAACGAAUGCACAACCACCUCCACUAAUGCAGCAAUCCCAAUUGGGGAAUAAUAUGGAUUUUGGAAUGAAUCCAAUCGGGGGUGCGAAUAUGGGAAUGGGUGUUGACAUGAUGAAUCUACCGGUUAUGGGUAUGGUUGGUGGUGUUCAGGACUUUAAUCAGCCCCAAAUGAGCAUGUUGCAACAGCAACCGCCACCGAAUACAAUAGCCCGAUUUAUGGGGCCAGCUGGCAUGUCGAUGCCAAUUCGGCCGCCAAAUUUUAUGGGCGAUGUGCGUCCGGGUUUAUUAGGCGUAGCACCGGGAAUUCCGUACAACAUCUUCGACGGACAGCGCAGUGGACCGAAUCCAAUGUUUGAUCGAGGUCAAGGCGGCGGAGGAAAUUUCGAUCACAAUUUCCCCAACUUCGACGGCAACGAUAAUAAUCGCUUUCCAGGUAGAUUCGAUCCGAUGCAACCGGAUCGUCGCAAUCGAAUGGACAACGAACGAUGGCAACAGCGCGGAGGACGGAACUGCGGAAGUAACAACCGGAACAACCCGAAUCCGAUUCGAAGAAAUAUGAACUACGACAGAAGACCGAAAAAGAACUAGGAGGGAGGCGGAGUUGUUUCGAUCAGGUAGUAAUAAUAAUGAAAUCGGGAAACACGAAUGUGAUAUUAAGUUACUAAUGUUUCGAGAAAAAGAGAAAAACAAAAACAAAAUGAAACGAGAAAAUGGACGUUGACAUUCAUGAGAAUCUUAUUGUGACCUUUCCACACAGUAAAAUAUCAUUGCUUAGGACUGGUGUUGUUGAGGACAGUUUUUAGUUCUUUGACGCCACCAUUAGAAAUAUCCUUGCUGUAAAUAUCAAUAAAUCUUAGAAAAUCGAAUUAAA